AAGCUUUAUAAAGGGCAGAAGAAGUUGAAAAGAGUUUGUCACAACCUUGUCUGGGCUAGUUGUGACACAAGCCCUUCUUCUCUAUUCCUCCAGUAUCACAGGAACACAAGAUGUAUUUGACCUAUACAGCUCUGUUCUUGGGAAUUAUUUCCCUUUCCAGUGCUGUGGACCCGACAAUUAGAUGGUGCACAACCUCUGCACAAGAAACAAAAAAAUGUGAGGAUUUGAAAAAGAGCAUGGCAACACAACAUUUCAGCUUUUCAUGUGUGGAGAGGCAGAGUGUGUCCAUGUGUCUGACUGACAUUGCGACUGGUGUGGCAGAUGCUAUUACUGUGGAUGGAGGAGAUAUUUACAAAGCUGGUCUUUCACCGACAAACCUGAAACCAAUCAUAGCAGAAAACAUCACAGGUGAAUCCUGUUACUACGCUGUGGCAGUGGUAAAGAAGGGCAGUGGAUUCAUGUUCCAUGAAUUAGCAAGGAAGAAGUCCUGCCACACUGGCCUGGGGAAGUCUGCUGGAUGGAACAUCCCUGUGGGAACCAUUCUGGAACAUAACCUGACACAAUGGGAAGCAGAUCAGCCAAUUGAAAGAGUGAUGCAAGAUUUCUUUUCUGCCAGCUGUGUACCUGGUGCAGACAAAAAAGCAUUUCCAAAGCUCUGUCAAUUGUGCAUAGGACUCCAGGAAAACCACUGCAAGCGCUCCCACGUUGAACCCUACUACGAUUAUUCUGGAGCUUUUCGAUGUUUGAAAGAAGAUGCUGGACAGGUGGCCUUUGUGAAACAUACCACAGUACCACAAUCAGUAAAGCAAAGCUACGAGUUGCUGUGCUUAGACAAAACAAGAAGGAGUGUUGACGAUUACAAACUUUGCCACUUGGCUAGAGUGCCAGCUCAUGCAGUUGUGGCCAGAAGUAAAACUGCUGCAGAUGCUCAGCUGAUUGAGGAUAUUUGGAGAUUCCUUUCCAUAGCUCAGAAAUCUUUUCAACUUUUUGAAUCAUCUAAGUAUAAAAAGAAGGACCUGCUCUUCAAAGACUCAGUACAAAGCUUGAUUCAUCUCCCCAAAGGCAUUGACUACCGAAUGUAUCUUGGUUCUGAAUAUGUAAAGGCUAUAGCAGCUCUUAGACGAGAUGAAAUAAAGACCACUGCUAAAAGCAAAAUCCGCUGGUGCACCAUCGGUCAACUCGAUCAAAGGAAGUGUGACAGGUGGGUGGGUGUCGACUGUAUUGCUGGAGUGUCCGCUGAUGAUUGCAUCAAAAAGAUCACGUUACGAGAAGCUGAUGCUGUAAGCCUGGAUGGUGGACUGGUCUAUGUUGCAGGAAAAUGUGGUCUGGUUCCAGUUAUGGGAGAAUACUAUGGUAAAAAUGCUACAAUGUGCAACCCUGAAAUAGGAGCUACAUUGACACCCUCUUACUACUCUGUGGCUGUGGUAAAAGAUCGCUCCCUGCGACUGGAUCUUCUGAAGGGCAAGAAGUCAUGUCACACUGGGAUUGGUCGUUCCGCUGGGUGGAAUGUUCCCAUGGGAUAUCUGGUCCAGAAAAAAGCCAUCAAGCCCUGUGAAAUUUUCAACUCAACGUACUUCAGUGAAAGUUGUGCUCCUGGGGCUGAUGUUACAUCCAAACUGUGUUCUCUGUGUGUGGGACGAAGAGUAGGUUUACAACAUACUGACAAAUGUGCUGGCAGCAGCAAUGAGGAGUACUCUGGUUACAGUGGCGCUUUCAGGUGCUUGGUAGAAGCUGGUGAUGUUGCUUUUGUAAAGCACACAACUGUCACUGAGAACACUGAUGGCAAUGGGAAAGCAGAUUGGAACCGGCAACUCAAAUCUAAGGACUAUGCUCUGCUCUGUUCAGAUGGCAGUGUGAAAUCAAUUGCUGAUUAUAAAACCUGUUAUUUGGCUAAAGUUCCAGCGCACGCUGUCAUUUCGCGACCAGAGAGUCGAAAGGCUGUUCUCCGUAUGCUGAAGGCCCAACAAAUGAAACAUGGUCGCGGUGGAACUGAAGAAAAAACUUUCUCCAUGUUCAAGUCUUCUCAGUUUUCUGGGAAGGACUUGCUCUUCAAGGACUCCACUCAGUGUCUGGUUGAAGUUUUUGCCAAGGACUACAAAUCGUUCCUGGGUCCUCAAUACGUAAAGGCAAUGGAAGGCUUGAACUCCUGCCAACCUUCUGAGCUUCUUGAAGCUUGCUCAUUUAACAGCUGCUCAGAAGACGAGAUGCAGAGGGUUGUCAUAACCUUAUUCUGGGCUGGUUGUGACAGACUUUUCACUCCAAAGAUGCAUUUACUCUUCACACCUCUGCUCUUGGGAAUUUUUUGUGAGAUUAGCUCUGCCUACAAGGGCAGGAUCCGAUGGUGCACUCGCAGCCAGCAGGAACAUGACAAAUGCAGUCGUUGGCCAUCAGCUGACUGUGUCCAGGCUGGCUCCAACCAUGAAUGCAUCCAAAAGAUAAAGUUAGCUGAAGCGGACGCUGUUGUUCUUUUCUCUUCAAACAUCUACGCUGCAGGGAAAUGCGGCCUUGUGCCAGUCAUGGCCGAGUAUUAUGAUACAGAAAACCUUACUCCGUGCAGAGAUGGAGAGGCACAUGGCGACCCAAAUGUCUACAUGGUGGCUCUUGUGAAAGACCCGACCCUGACCUGGGACACCCUAAAGGGCAAGAAAGCAUGUUUCCCUGCGCUGAGACGGACUGCCUGGAAUGUCGCAAUGGGGCUGCUGCUGGCAGAGAACAAGACCACUUCCUGUGACCCUUAUAACGGAACAUAUUUUGGUGAAAGCUGUGUCCCGGGGGCAAAGCCAGCUUCCACACUGUGCUCUCUGUGUGUGGGUCAAAGGGAUCCUACUGAUCCCACCAAAGAUAAAUGUGCCACAACCUCCAUGGAGCAGUACGCUGGUUACAGUGGUGCCUUCAGGUGUCUAGUGGAAAAGGGAGAUGUCUCUUUUCUGAAACAUACAACUGUCUUUGAGAACACCGACGGUACAUCAAAGGAAGACUGGGCUCGGGGGCUGCUAUCCAGCCAUUAUAGGCUGCUCUGCACUAACGGUUCUCAGGCUGCUGUGACUGAUUACAAGAGCUGCCACUUCACAGAGAUCCAAAGGUUAACUGUCAUGACUCGGCCGGAGGCCAGGGAGUCCGUCCUGCAGUUUCUGAAGGAGCAGCAGGUGAAACACGGUCGUGGUGGAACUGAAGAAAUGUCCUUCGCCAUGUUCAACUCUUCUCAGUUUAAUGGGAAACAUCUGCUCUUCAGCGACUCCACUCAGUGUCUGACUGAAAUUCCCACCACAGACUAUAGAGCGUUCCUGACUGAAAACUUCAUAAGAGCUACAGAAAGUCUGAAUGCCUGCAGCUCUCCUGAUUUGUCUGCCCUCUGCGAUAUCGGGCAAUGAUCGGAUUGGUCCGGCGCGUCUGACCGCGAUGACCCUCUUUGGCGGCCGGAUCACAGCCAGGGGUUU